GCCGCGAAUGUCAAAACUGACAAUUGGCUUGUUUUCUAGUCACACUUUGCAGCCGGUCGCCGCCUGAGUUUAAACUCGAAGUCUCGUACAGUGUUUCUGCAUUAUGUCUAGUGAAAACAAAUUCGAGGACGAGGUCGUGGAUAAUAAGAACAAGCGAAUGGUGCGAUGCCAGUUCUGCGAAUCGCUGAUGCUGCGGCAACAAACUGCGAGCUUCGAGAAACAGGAGUAUGAUCUGCCCCUGAUGCACCAGAAGAAUUCUCGGGCGCCCGGAGAGAUCGAGAAGGAGACGUUGAGCGGCUUUUGGGUGGUCGAGGACAUGAUGACGUUCGAGAACAUUGGAUUCUCCAACACUUUGGAUCGGACGAAGUUUCUCAUCUGCUGCGACUGCGAAAUGGGACCAGUUGGGUAUCAUAAUAUCGACACAAGAGUUUCAUAUGUUGCGCUUAGUAGGGUUCGUCAUGUGGAUUAAAUGUUUUAUAUGGAAA